AUAAAAUGAACAGCAAUAUCAACGACGAUGAAAAGAAGCUCUUCAGGGAGAACUUCAAUGCCUUCGACACUAACGGUGACGGAAGACUUGAUGUAAAAGAGCUAUCUACAGCACUUAGAUCUGUAGGCUUCCACCUUACCCAAAAAGAUGCUGAGGCUAUCCAUGCUGAGGCUGACAGAGAUGGAUCAGGAUAUAUCGAAUAUGAUGAAUUUGAGAGACUCAUCCUCCAGCAUAUGAAAGAACCAUAUACUAAAAAUGAGCUUAUAGAAGCAUUCAACAUUUUCGAUGAGAACAAAUCUGGUAAAAUUAGCGCUCAAGAACUUAAAAAUGUAUGAAUGCAAGCAGGCGACAGAAUGAAAGCCAGUGAACUUGAGGAAAUUAUCCAAGAAGCUGAUAUAAACGGGGAUGGAGAGCUAGACAUUGAUGAAUUCUCAAAUAUGCUGUUGUACGGGCAAAGACAUAUGUAGACUAAUUUUUUAAAGAACUCCUUAACUGACA